GUCGUGGCUUCCUGUGACUCUCGCCGCCUCAUGAUGGCGUGUCUGUGCCGCGUGCUGCAGCAGCGCUCCGGGUUUGGCGCUGUGCUCAGAGAGCGGGACGCGGUGUUCGGGUUGGUGGGCCUGGCAGUCCGGUACCACAGCACUCAGACGGUUCCUCACAUCCCCGGCAUGGAGUACCAGGAUGCAGUUUGCACCCUGAACACGCUGCAGACCAACGCCAGCGCUCUGGAGCAGGUCCGCAGAGGGAGGAGUCAUCCUCAGCUGCAGCUGCAGGCCAUGAGAGGCUUCCUGGAGCGAGCCGGGCUCACGGUGGAGCAGCUCGAUCAUCUCAAUAUCAUUCACGUCACAGGAACAAAGGGCAAGGGAUCAACGUGUGCUUUCACAGAGCAGAUCCUCAGGACUUAUGGCUUCCGGACGGGAUUUUACAGUUCCCCACACCUGGUCCAGGUCAGGGAGAGGAUCCGAAUCAACGGGCAGCCCAUCAGUAAAGAUCUCUUCACUAAAUACUUCUGGCAGGUUUAUGGACGUCUGGAUGAAACCAAGGAGGCUCACGGAGGGACAUUGCCGGCGUACUUCCGAUUUCUCACCAUCUUGGCCUUCCACGUCUUCCUUCAGGAGAAGGUGGAUUUAGCUGUAGUCGAAGUCGGUAUCGGAGGAGCGUAUGACUGCACCAACAUCAUCAGGAGGCCGUGGGUCUGUGGAAUCUCCUCUCUGGGCAUCGACCACACCCAGAUUUUAGGAGACACCAUAGAGAAGAUUGCCUGGCAGAAAGGAGGGAUCUUCAAGCUGGGCGUUCCUGCGUUUACGGUCCAGCAGCCGGAGGACGCCAUGGCCGUGUUGAGGGACCGGGCCAGAGAAAUAAAGUGUCCCCUGUGGGUGUGUCCGGACCUGGACAAAUACCCGAUAGACUCCGGACUGUUGCGGCUGGGCCUGGCGGGACAGCACCAGUGCUCCAACGCCUCUCUGGCCCUGCAGCUGAGUCACACCUGGCUGCAGAGGAGAUGUGGACCAGAUAAACGUUCCCUCCUCCCUGAUCCGGAGAACAACUGUGUAUCCCAGGCAGCGUCCUUCAAGCCCAGCUCCGUCAUGGUGAAAGGCCUAGCAGACACGGAGUGGGCCGGCAGGACUCAGACUCUGAGACACGGAGUUCUGACCUACUUCCUGGACGGAGCACACACCAGGCGCAGCAUGCAGGCCUGCAUCCAGUGGUUCAGAGAGACCGCCAUCCAACACGAGAAGAACGCCAGUGGCGCUGUGGUCCGAGUGCUGCUGUUCAACACCACAGGAGAGAGAGACUCUGCUGCCAUGCUGAAGCUGCUGGUGCCGUUCCACUUCGACUUCGCCGUGUUCUGCCCCAACAUCACUGAAGCCGCCGCCUCCUGUAACGCAGACCAGCAGAACUUCAACGUGUCGGUGGAGAACAUGUUGUCCCGCUGCUUGGACAAUGAACAGAACUGGCGUCUCCAUAACAACCAAAGAGACAAGGAAGCGUCGCCCCUGCUGAUCGACAGCCUGCCGCUGCUGACCGAGAGGAAAACCGACACCCUGGUGUUCCCCUGCAUCCUCAGCGCUCUCCAGUGGAUCACCCAGGGCAGGGAUCCGGUUCUGAAGGACCCUGCUAAGACCGUGUUACCAGUUAAACCCAGUAUCUCUGCCAAAGCCGCUCCUCUGCGAAAUGCUGCUGAGAUCCAUGUCCUGGUAACCGGGAGCCUCCACCUGGUGGGAGGAGUCCUUAAACACCUGGACCCGCAGUUGGCAAAGUAAACCUGAGGCAUGAGUCCGGAUUGGGAUAACAGAUGGGUCGGUGCUUCACUGUUCCUCUAUUGGGAUUAAAAUAACUGGACGUUCCAGGUGGGUUUUACUGUGAUGGUGGAUUUAGCUGCACCAAGCAGAGUUCUGCUGGCCAGAGACUGGAUGAAUGAUCAGAGCAUCAGAACAUUGGACCCUGGUUAAUUUGCCUUCAGGUGCUCCGGAUGUUAAAUUAGUGUAAAGUUUCUGUGACUCGCUGCUGAGCAUCUUGGAGUUGUGAUGCUAUUUUUCCAUAUCCGAAGUAAACGAUCCAAACGAUCAGUUGGUUAAAAUGUCUUGUGUCUAAACCAACAGAACCAAUAACUGAACCAACUUACCUUUCGAGAUGCUUCAGGGUGUCUCUUCUGCACUUCAGGCAGAUGUUCGUCUGGUGGAUCAUCUGAGGAGCUCCGGCAGGGGUCCGUUUGGUGUACAAGGGUCCAGAAAGUGGUUCUGUUUGGACAGAGGCAGCUUCACCCACAGCCUUACAGACGAGCAUACACACACGUGGGGCUCGUAUUUUUCAGUCUUACUUGAAGCUGAGUGUGUUUACACAAACCGUUGAUCCUUUCAGAUCCGUUAAAGUGGAACCAGUAAAAAUGGGAGGUUCUGUCUGCAUGGUGCCGGUUUCUUCAAGCUGUGACUGUCUUCUCUGUAUCAGUCUUGUAGAUAAGAUUCCAACACUAAAGGUGAUUCCUGAGGAGUUCUGAUCCGAUUCAUUUCAGAUUUAUUUAAAUGAGCCUUCAUUUAAAUGGUUAUACUGACACCUACAGGUGGGGACAGGUACUGAAGCUUAAAAUUUAUACUCAGCACAGCUCACCAGGUCAUAAACUGAAAGAAAAUCACAUCUGGAAUUAUAUAAAAAAUUAUUUCAAGCAUAUUUGUCUCAAGCUGAUGUGAUGAACAAAAAUCCUUCAUAUUUAAGUACACCUUUGCAGUAAUAGAGUAGCUGAUGAUGUAUUAAUUCCAUGAAUUUCUCUGUAGAGUCCGACACUUGGAUUUCCUCAUCAGCAGAGCGACUGAGUGUAAAUGGCUUCUGGCUCAAUAAACAUGUCAGAAAAUGUUGAAACAAUGGAUGUGUUGAAGAUGGUGCCAAUAAACCUAAAUGUCUGUA